AGAUCUACAGAAACCGAGCGCACUCCAGCGACUUCCCCCUGUAAACACUUCAACAGCCAGUGUCCAACAGCACAGCACAGCUCAGCUCAUCUCAUCUCUAUCUUACAUCCUUCAGUCAGCUCAGCUCAGCUCACUUUGAGGUUGCGCCCAACGAUCUAUCUAUACCUCCCUGUCUCGAAGGGACUUUUUGAUAGUCCAACAAUGGAAACCAAGAUGCAGCUCCUGAACUUGUUGGUCGUCGCACUGAUGGCCACUUAUUUGGUCUCUCCGGUCUUGUCUUCCCGCCUUCUUCAAUCGACUCCUGAAGCUGCAGCUGAUGCAAGGUCAGAAGAACACGGCUCACUUCACAGUCAGGAGAUUCACAGUCCUGCGUUUCAGCAGCUGACAGUGGACGUUCAUUCAGCCCCGGCUAUGACGGCCCCCGUUACAAGCUAUGAAUCAACAUACCAGCCUGACUACGAGACUCAUGACAACUCUCCCGGUUUCAACGGUCGACGUCGGUGAAAGGCUUCUUGACUCACAAGCGGCAUCGACUCAAGCGGCUGCGACAGAUUCAUUCAAAAUCGCGUUUAGGUCGUCCUCACAGAUGUAAUCGUUGAAAUCAGCAUUCAGCUAGCUACACUUCUGGACUAUCCUGUCUCAUGGACUCUGGAUUAUUUCGACAAAACAUAUGACAAUCAGUCGAUAAUAGAGACGUAGCGGUGGUGGUGGCAGCAGCAGCGAUUACUUUCAUGUAUUGUGCAUGUUAUAUCGGGUCCCCCGGAUAGUGGUCCUCUAUACAUUACAUUAGUUAAAUCAAGAGAAGUGGGUUGACAUUUUCAUGCAUUGGAUCUGGAACUGUUACAAAAACAUCCAUACGCUUUCAUUGUUAUUAGUGUACAUCAUGCUCUUCAGAAGUAGUAAAAGAAGCGAUCGUGUGCUAGCUAAAUAUGUACAUACAUGAGUGUGUAUAUAGUGUGCUCAUUCAUCAUCAUCAACCUGUAUAUUCUCUUUCAUGAAGUGAACAGAUUGCUUGAUC